ACCUUGUCACCAAGCGACUGAUGUUGUUUUGCUGUCAAUGCCAAGUUCUCUGCCGACGAGGCCGAGUUUGUUUACUUCUCUCGCAGAUCCCAGAGCUUAAAUGGGUGCGAUAACCCUCAGGGACUGAGAGCGAACUUGACCCAGUUCUCCCAGGUUCAAGCCGAGCCUGGAGAAGCCUCCGAUCCGAGGCUUAUCAAACACCCAGACCCAGCAGCUCAGUCGAUUUUUUAACGCCAAGAUGCGAGCUACCAAAGGCGCUUGCUUGAGUUUGCUGCUCGAAUUGCUGCUCCUCGUUGAAUUCCGGCUUUCCGUCGUGACUGGAGCCAGACACAACAUGAAUCGCGUGCCGAUGGGCGGAAAUUUUCCAGAUUCACGUGAGGAGCAAAUGAUGCGCCAAGCAAUGUCUACGAAUGUGCAAAAUUACAUGAACCUGAGUGCCGAUCCCUGUACGGACUUCUUUGAGUAUGCCUGUGGUCAGUGGGGUCGACAUCACAAGCGGCAACUUCGUCCGGAUGAGUUGUUUACCGCCCAGCAGCUGAUGGAGUCUAAAAUCUCGGAGCAGUUGCAGCAGCUCCUUAGCCAGCCACUGCCACCGCAAAAUCAUCCAAAUGGCUACAGUGGACUUAGUAUGACAAAUGUUCGGAAAGUGCGAGCCUUCUACGAGUCCUGCGUGGCCAUAGAAGCUAAUGCUGGCGAAAGACGGCGCUUCCUGAUGAAGAUCCUUAAGGAUAACGGAGGAUUGCGCAAUGUACCAAACUCCAACUGGCAGCACAACCGUCAUUGGCUGCAAACUCUGGCCGAAGUGAAGAGAAACUACGGUUUCGACAUACUUCUGGGAUUGGAAAUGGAUCUGAACCUUCAGAAUAUGCAGGGAAAAAGCGUAUACCUUGGCGAACCCAAGCUAACCAUCAUUCCUGCAGAGCACUGCAAUGCCUUGGCAUCGCGGGGCGCUCAUUUUAAAGAUGAAGUCUAUGAGCAGAUUCAGCAGCAGGCCGCAGAUAACUUGCGCGAUUGGUUUGGCAUUGACACUGGUGAGGCUGCUCGUUUUGCCGGAGAUAUUGUUCGCUUCGAAUUUGAUCUCUGCAAGCAAAUGGGAGAGCAGGAUAUCCAAAAGACCGCAGAGGAGUCACAGCCCAACAUGCAGGUUCCAUUUUAUGGUGCUCGCUCGCGAACUGGCCAAGACCGUUUGCAUCGCCAAAAUAGAGGAAUGACCUUAACGCAACUCACCAGCGAGAUGGGCAAUCAACUGGACUUCAAAAUGUUCAUCGAAUUAGUUCUGGAGAAUCAAUACGGGUCUGAUGUAUACCUGCGCUCACCGGCCUACGUAAAACAUCUGGUGAGGACCGUAAAGGGCAACAAUCGCUUAACUGUUAGUGGCUACAUUAUGUACAUAGCCCUCAACGAGCUCAACCAGCCGCCGGAAGAGGCUCCUUCGCAACGUGCCCGCCAGUGCGUCCUGGUUACGCAGCGCCUCUUUCCCCAAGUGCUGGGUGAGAUGUUCCAACGCCAUGUGCAGCGCGAUAACGCCAAACAUGAUCUGGACGCCGUGUUUAGCGAUGUUAUCAAGGCGCUCGAGGAGCAGUUACACGUGGAGUGGAUGGACGAGAACGAUCGGAGGGCGGCCAGAACCAGACUCUCGCAAUAUCGUGUCUCGCUGCCGGAUUACCAGAGCUUGGAUCUCUCGAGCUUGCAAUUCCAGAAAUCGGAAGACUACUGGCGGCGUCUGGAGAUUGCACUAAAAUAUCGUGCCCAACAGCAGUUCGAAGCCCUGAACGGCAACGAUUAUGGCCAGGAUGGAGCCGGCAUCCUGGAUGCAUUCGAGGUGCGAGCUGCUCUAUCACCCCGCCAGCAUAUGGUCCUUGUGGGUUAUGGUCUGCUUCAGUCUCCCUACUACAAUUACUUCUAUCCCAGGGCACUAAAAUAUGCUUUAUUGGGUCAACGAUUGGCCAGCGCUUUAGUGCAGGCAUUCGACGACGAAGGAUGGAACCGUCAUCCACAAGCGACGUCCCAAUGGAACGAGCUAACGAUGUCUGGCUACCGAAAUGCCAGCGAAUGCCAGAGGGCUCAAUACAGCAGUUACUUGUACAAUGAACCUGGCGAAUUUCGUAAUGCCACCAGACUAAGGGAGAUUAUAGCCGAGGGCAGCGGUCUAAAUUUGGCUUUCAGCGCCUAUUUGGCCUGGUUGGAGCAGCAGGAUCACAAUCUGCGUCUACUGCUGGCAAAAGAAACACUUCCAGAGGUAAACUUCACCAACACGCAGCUGUUUUUCAUAUACUUUGCUCAAACGCGCUGCUGGGCAAGGGAUAACCAGGAAGCCAUCCUGGACUCGAUGCCCCUGAUGCAGCACACACCCGAAAGGUGGGAUGUGAAUGGACCGCUGAGCAACUCAGCGGAGUUCGGUCGGGAGUUUGGUUGUGCUCUGGGCACGCCGAUGAACAGUGGAGACAAGUGUUUGGUUUACUGAUGAUGACGAGACGAAAAUAAAGUACUUGGAAUGUAAGUCAA